AUGAACAAUAAGAAAGCAUCCUUUCUUGGUUACUCGGAUUUCCCCAACCCUAUCGACUCAUCAGUAAAGGGCAUAAAGAUCCUGCUUUUCCAAAACCUAUACGAUAAAUAUGCGACCAUGAGCUCAUCAUUCAUGGAAGACAGGCCGGUCGCUAUUAGAGGUUUGGAGAAAAGGUUGGUCCGGACUUUCAAGACAAAGGGCGGGUUUGGCAUGUUUGAUUGUUACCUGCACCGAUGCCUUCUCUGGAAGCGGACCGGCUGGUCUCUGAGUCCUAUCGAUACCUUCCGUGAUGAAACCCCUUCUUGGUCAUGGAUGGCCUAA